GCUUUCUGCGCAUGUCACCAACAUGUGUAGCAUCGUUGCCAUGGAAACAGCCCUCACAGAGAAGGCGACAACUCCUCGCGAGGGCAGCUAACGUCAACACAAGCUACCACUCUUCGUUAUUUAUACAAUGGAUACGUCUGAAAACACCACAGGAACCAAGAUGACUCUAAAAAUAAGCCGUGGAAAUAACUUGCAAGGAAAAAAGGCAGACAGCUGCCAGACUUUCCUCCGGGUUGAAUUUGAUGGAACAGUACUGGGAGAGUCGGACAAGAAGCAGGUGGACCCAGUGGAGAAGUGUGUUGACUUUGACUUUACCUGCAGCUUCCACUGCCCCAAUGAUGCUCGGGCUUUCAGUGACAUCAGCCAUAAACCAAUCAUAUUGACGGUGACAGAGCUCCUGCCUGAGGAGAAGAAAGUUGAGGCGAGGACAGCUGUGCUGGGCCAAGCUGUGGUGGACCUGCUGCCACUGCUACAAGGUCAGUGUACCUUCUUGUCCACUGUCGCACUGAAUCCAGUGACGAGGUCCUCAGCUAAAGAGAUCCAGAACUCCAGCAGCAAGCAGCGUUUGAUAAAGGACUUCAAACCUCAGCCGUCAACUCUGGAAGUGUGUGUCAGUGUGUCGGAUCUAGUGCUGUCUGAGGCUGAACUCUCAGCCUCAAACCUGUUGACGGUAACCGUAGAGACAGCCUAUUCUCUGCCUGAGUCGUGGAUGCUGCCGUCGGGCCCUGCCCCCUUCACAUACACUGCUGCCCUGGAGGUCCCACUUACUGCGGAGAAAGAUCAGGUGCUGCUGUUCUGUGAAGGACAGCUUAAGGCCGGAGGGCACAGGGAGGAAAAGGGCCGACAGAGGAAGAGACCACAUCAGGCCCUGCUGGUCCCGGGGAACCACUUCCUGCCUGAUGCCUUUUUCCAGGCAGAACCCAUUUAUGAAGAGGACGGCGAGCUAACUGGCUUAGAGGACCAGGAAUUUCGCAAUGAGGCAGAGACCACAAAGAGCAGGGUGAGCUGGGACACUGAGAUGCACUGCUUCCUGGAUGCAGGAGGAACCACCAGGCUGCGGCAGACGAUUGCUGAGAACAGACUCUGGCCAGUCGAGAUUAUGAGGUCAUCGGCUUCACUGGCAAAGAUAGCUGAAGAGAACCUAGAGAUCCCUUUCCAUGGUGUGGCAUUUGUGGACGUGGGGCGGCUGCUGUAUCCUGGAGUCAGCCAUGUCCGAGGAGCAUACAGCAUUCAUCCCUUCUCUGAGGCGGAAUUGCAGAAAAAGGCCAAGCGAAGUGUCAGUGUACUAAAGGAGCAGGCCAGGGAUGCAGCGGACCUGGGUAAACCUCGUGCUGUCUCAGCUGCAGGCUCUAACAAGGGUAAGGCAGGAAAGCACUUGGAUGGAAACAACAAGGGAGCCAGGGAUUCCAAGGAGGCAGCCAAAAAGCAACCUCACAAUCAGAGCAGGAUAGCCAGCAGUGUGACCGACAGCUUGACAGAACAUGAGCUGCCACACGUCAAUACUGAGAGAAAUCAGACAUAUGUGGAGGCCAGAACUUACAUUAUCAUUGAGAUAGCCUUGGAGAAACCGCUGGUACCCAAAACAUCUCCAGAGGAGCUGGCCAGAAGGGUGAAGGAGUUGAUCCCACCCAGACCUCCUCUUCCAGCGGGUCCUUGCAGAGCAGAAAGAGCAGUGCUGGACUUCCACAGGCAGAUAGGCAACAUGGAGACUAUGGUUUUUGAGCAGUGUAAUGAAUUGUUUGGAACAAGAUGGGAGGAUUCAGUAGACUGCAGCUGGAAGCAAAAGCAGACUGAGCUAAGGGGAGCGCUUAAUGUCUCUGGAAGAUACUUCACUUAUAAGGAACAAUUGAAGCAUGCAGUAGUUAGGAUUGUUCGUGACAAGAUGCAGCAGACAGAGCCAUUCACUAAUCCUCAGGAGCUACAGGCUUUUGUCAGCAAGCUGUAUGUUUACCUGGUAGAGGAGAUGCACAUUGCUGUCAAUGAGACUUCUUCAGAUGACGUCAGUAAUGAGGAGAUCCACCUAAGUGUCUCUCAGCUCAGACAUUUUGCUAGAGAGGCUAAUCUUACUGGGGAUUAUCAGCAGGCUGUUCAAUAUUACCAAGAGCUGGUGGUGAGGCAGCCAAGUGAACCCUCCCACAAGUUUGAGUGGGGAAGCCACUAUGUGCUGACCGGAGACUACAUGAGGGCUAAAGAAUGUUUCCAUGACGCUGUGUCUAUCCAACAGGCAAACCAACCCAGCCUGAUGAUGUGUGGGGUGUUGGCAAUGAUGUUUGAGCAUUACAAGGAGGCCCAGACCUUCCUGGAGAGGGCCACCCAAAUAGAUCCACCCAGUGUGGUUGCCUGGACUCUGCUGGGUUUGCUCCAUGAGAGCCAGAAUGAAUCCAUCCUGGCUGAGAGGUCUCUUCUAGAAGCCCAAAGGCAGCUGAGGGCAAAAGAAGCAAAGGAGCAAACACAGAGGGAGGAGGUGAAGAAAGACAAGGAGAAAGACAAGGAGGAGACAAAUGAAAAGGAGCAGCAGGAGAACGAGGAGAAAUCCUCACUUGCAUGUCAGUCUCCCACUGUUGACCAAAACCCAAAGUGUGCAGACCAGGACGCAGGGGCACAAGAAAAGCCUCCAGCACAGAGUGUCAGCUCUAGAUCUGCUCCAUCUAAAGUCUCCUCUACCAUUUACACCGAGACAGUUCAGUUUCUGCUUCAGAACAAUGCCCUGCAGAUUGCGGAGCAGGCUCUGUCCCAGGAGCUGCUGUGGUCACUCGGUGGUCGCAGUGUAUCCUAUCGUCUUCAUCUCGCCAUGCUGCAGCUGCUCAGAGCCGACUAUUGCAGUGCUGUUGCCAGCCUUAGGGAGGCGAUGUUGAACAGUAACCAGGAUGCAGAUGUGUGGGCCCUGCUUGGUCACUGCCACUACCUGCAAGGGGCUAUCAGUGAUGCUCAGGAGAGUUAUGAGAGGAGCCUGAACUCCCUGCAGCAGCUGUCAGACUCUCACCUCGUCCUCCUUCGUCUGGGAUCCAUCUACCUCCAGCAGAGGAAGUUUGAGAAAGCCAAAGUUGUCUACCUGCAGGCUUGUGAACGGUCUCCAUCCUGCCUGACCUGGCUGGGCCUGGGCACCGCCUUUUACCGGCUGGACGAGCUGUCUUUAGCUGAGGAAGCAUUUACUAAUGCCAACCAUCUGAACAAUCAGAAUGCAGAGGUGUGGGCUUACUUGUCUCUGAUCUGCCUCAGGUCCGGCAGACAUAAGGAGGCAGAGCAGUUUUACAAAUAUGCAACAAGGUUCAACCUGCAGAAUGAUUCACUUCUCAAAGAGUUCAGUGAGCUGCAGGAUCAGCUCCUCGUCAGUCGUCUGGACUCAUGCUUUGGAGCAAGCUCUGAAGCGGGGUGUAAAUACGCAAACACAGUGUAUGAAGACAUUUUUUAAAAAGACAUUUUAUUGUAUUUUGAGGGUGUAUAUGUGUUAACAUUUAUUGUGACACAUGAUGGAUCAGAUUUUACAGGCAGUGAAAUCAAUAACUGGCCAAGCUGUACGACAGGUCAGGAUGGACAUUGCAAACAAACUCAAAGCAACACAAAUAGGCUCACUUUAUAUAAAACUGCAAUAGCAACUUUUAAAAAAUGUACAGCAUUAAGAAAAGAAAGGACAAAGGGCAUGUGGUGACAAUCAACCAAUGGUGCAGAAACAUUAUCUCAGAAAAACAAGCCUGAUGAGAUGUUGAGAAACACCUCACCAGAGUUUUGGCACAAUUCUUGCUUCACUGGAAGGAAAUCUUCAGUGAAUUUUAUGUUUUGGAUAUAAUUAUUGUCAGAUACAUUUACAAUGCAUAUGUUUCAAUGAAUGUAUUUCUUAUUUUAAAUUUGGAAAUUAUACUUCCUAAAAUGUAAUUUGUAUUGUCAAUGUAUUUGCUUUCCAUAUGGGCAUUUUUAUUUGUGCCUUGUUUCUGGACAUGGGUUUAUACAAGUUCUGGCCACUGUGGGAUCAGGUAGUCUGAUGCAGGGGAUCACUGUCGGACCUGAGCAAAGAGUUCUCGCAGCCACGGUGAGUCCUCAUAGAGGCGAGGGUCACCCAGAUACUCUGAGGUCCUCUUGUACAAGUAGUAGUACAACACAGAAGCUGUGAACAGGGAAAUAUGUGAGGAUUGUUUUAAUAUAUAAAAACAGAAAUACAUUUGUUUCCAUCAGACAGUCUCAAUGUACUCUCAGUCACACUUUCACCACCCCAGGUUUGAAAAAGUACAUUCUGAUGAGUCAGGGGUGACUUUACUUUAUCCAAGGUACUGACAUUCAGAUGGAUUCGCUGUCUUGGACUCAAUCCACCCAUUACAGAAGUAGUCUAGUUUUCUACUGAUUAAACAGAAUAAUUAGGAAAAUAAAGCCCAGUAGAGUUAACAGUGCCUUAAAGUGGGUUCAAAAUGUAAGAGGUUUUGUGAAGCAGUGAUGCAACAUCGAAUCACACACUGAGUAAGUGUCUGGGUUGGUCUUGAGCAGCAGAGCAAACAGAGAGAUAAAUAACACGGCCACAUUCUGUCCUCAUACUUGAUAAAGGGUCACCUGCAGAGAACAGCAUCUAGACAAUAAUCCUUUUAUCCACUUAGCAGCUUAUACGUCUAUGAAAAUCAACCCCACAUGGCAAUGUGAGAUCACUUCCUGGAGCCUGAUGGUAGACAGGGCAGACUGACACUGAUGAGAAACUCUGAGCUCUGUCAGGGACCUUCUUCAUAGCAUAACUAGAGCGAUGAUCACACUGAAAAUUCAUUUGUUCAGAGGUUAUAUAAAAACAGCACUGCGCUCAAUGGUGAGCAGGAACUAUUGAGUCAGUCCUUUGAAGCAGAACAAUUUUUAAUCCUUGUUCUGACAUGCAGCAUUCACUCUUGUAAACAUUAGUUUCAAGGGAAUCACUCUCCAUUGUCUAUUUCUUCAGUAGGGAUAAAAUACCAAAGCUCUGCUGUAUUCUAGCUCUUGUAAACUUAGAAUGCCUCAAGGUCAUUUAGAUCUAUAGUUGCAACUUGAUGCUCUUUUACAUUCAAGUUAUUGAAGGAACACAAGACCCAAACAAAGCUAUUGACACAGCAGUUAUUUCGUAUGUAGCCUUCUGUGUAUAGCCGGACACAUACUCGAUUUUUGGGGCCAAUAGUGAUACUGAUAUUAGGAAGUAAAACAUUUCCAGUAGUGACAAAUCAGCCGUUAUACAUUCAUCACUUUUGACAAUGAUAUGUAACUGAGGCAGGGCAUUUUACAGUUUUAAGGCGCUCUUUGUAACAAUUUGUAGCAAUUUACAUGUUUUGAUAACUUCUUAAUUGACCAUAUGUGAGCAGAGUGUAGUGUGACGUCUCUCUCUGUUGCCUACACAAGCCUGUGAACGAUUUCUUGAAAUUGUUUAAUGCUGCUGGACUUCAUGGACCUUCUCAAGUUCCACAUCUCAGUGCCUCCUCCACCUCGCUGGAGGGAACAGUAACUAAUGUAACUAAUGUUGUGUAAUGUAGCUAAUGUUGUGGUUAAGAAAUGGAGUCCACAAAGGAAAGUAAAAGAGCGGCUUCCAGCACAACGCAGUCCCUUUAACAAUAAACUUCACUCACAUAACUGGCAUCAGUGAACUAAAACUGGGAAUUUAAAGGUUUGAAAUGACAGAAUAAUCUUUUAUUCUCUUUAUGCUUCGCUGCAUGGUCACCAUAUUCACUAAUACCUGAUCCCAAUAUAUUGGUCUGGCUCUACAUUUGUGGUUUGACAUUUUAAUAAAUACUUUUGGUUGGCAUUAAAAACAUUUUAUUGACGCAU